GAGGCAUAUCCGGUAUGUCAUUUCGAUGUUUGUAAUUACAAUUACUGCCUUGCCUCUUCUAUAAAAUGCUUCGAAUAGAUUAAUGAAAUUGUGAACAAUGGCGGCGGUAUAAAUUACUUAUUAUUCGGUCUUAAAUGUUGUCUCGUGUUUGUAAAAAUAAAACGAACACGCUUCGUAAAAAAUACACGAGUGUGAAAAUUCGAAUUAAUCAAGGAAUCAUUUAUGUUAAGCACAUUAGCGUCGAAGUGAAUCGAAACGGCCGUCUCGCGUAGCUAGAAUUUUGUAUGGGAAAAGUAGAGUCAGUAUUCAUUCGUUACAUAGGAAAAUCAAGGGGUAACAUGGUGAAAGGUUCUGUAAUUACAAUGAUAAGACGUGAAACUUGAUCAGUGACAUAAUAUAUGUACGUAUAAUGUACAUAGUUUAAAAACUCAAUAAUUAACAAAAAUGAAAUGUUAGAUAAAAUUAAUUAUGAUAUAAUUAGCUAUGGAAGACGAAAACGUGUGCAAACAAGAAAUACAAUUCGUACAAGAGCUGCUGUUUUAUCCCCUCAAUAUGAUAUAACUUCACCAAUGAAGAAGGAGGCUAAACUGCAUGAUAGUAGUGUUAAAAAUGUUAAUUCUGAUGAGAUCCAUUCAUUAUCUGAAGCACAUAAAGUGCCUGUCUGCAUAAGUUCCUUUUUCUAUACACAAAUUACAGAUGUCCCUAAAAAUAAAGCUUCUAUCCUGCCUAUUGAAGAAAGGUUUUAUGGAAGUAAAGAAACCAAUGAUGUACAAAAUGAUAUCCUCACUGAUGUUGGUCAAUUCAGAACGGAUGAAACACCUGUAGCAGUACCUAUUCAUGGUCCAUCAACACCACACAGGAUUAACAUGCCAAACCAUCAAUUGGAAGAUUUAGACGAAAGAAAUACGAAUGAAAAUAUGCAUAAGAAACCUGUAGUAACUCCCACUCUUAAUUUGGAGCAACAACCUUUAAAAAAGUCUGCUAAUCAAAGCCGUAGAAAAUUAACCAGCAAUCAGUCUGCCACAAAUCGGUCAAUAGAUUCUUCAAAUAUUAAAAGUACAAAUCAUAAGCUUACUGACUACUUUCCAGUACGCCGCAGUGUAAGAAAAUCAAAGAAAGCUGUAUUAGAAGAAAAGCAACGUGAUAUGGAAAAUAAAGUGCUUUAUCAAGUAGAAGAAGGCUUAGAAGUAAGACACUUUGCUGGUAAAGGUCGUGGUGUAGUAACAACACGAGAAUUUAUGAAAGGAGAAUUUGUAGUAGAAUAUAUUGGUGAAUUAAUCGAUCAAGUAACAGCAAAGAAACGUGAAAAAAUAUACGCACAAGACCAGAACACUGGGUGUUAUAUGUAUUAUUUUCAACAUCGUAAUCAUCAGUAUUGCGUCGAUGCAACAGCAGAGACUGAUAAGUUAGGUAGAUUAGUAAAUCAUUCAAGAAAUGGUAAUUUAAUCGCUCGAGUCGUAGAAGUAGAGUCGACGCCACACCUGGUACUUACGGCGAAAGAAAAUAUACCUAUAGGGGUGGAAAUAACAUAUGAUUACGGAGAUCGAAGUCGCGAAGCUAUUCGUCAUCACCCAUGGUUGGCAUUAUAGCGCUUUCAAAUAAUUAAUUAAUUAGUUAUAAUAGCAUGAUGUAUUGUACAGCAGAAUUCGUUCAAUUGAUUUUGUUCCUCCUAUGAAGGAACAUAUAGAGAAUUUUAGUUGAAUUUCAUGAAUUAAUCUGAGUAAAAAUGUUUCUAAGAUGAAUGUAUCUCUACUUUGAUAUAACAAAUAUGUAAUUAUAUACUUCCUUAUCUAUGUAACAAAGCAAGAGGAAUUAGAAGUAUUUGAUAUUUUAUAAAAUUGAUAGUCUAGCUUGCA